AUGCCCAAUUCGACUGAUGAGAAAUCUGAAUACUCACCGUCAUUGAUCAAAAGAGAAAAUUGGUUCAAGCUUGUAGAGGAAUACUCACGACGGAAUCUGACUCAUGAAAAGGACAAGGUGCCAGCAAUACUGGGACUUGCACAAGCUAUGACAGCGGAGUAUGACACUUACUGCGCAGGAUUAUUCACCAGCCAAAUACCAUCAUCACUUCUCUGGAGGACCACAAUUGAGUUCUUGGAUGAGGGCACUGUGCUAAGAAGGCCCUUUCAAUACAGCGCCCCUAGCUGCUCCUGGGCCGCAGUAGAGGGACCAGUCUCUUUUGACAGCCAAAGACUCUUCAAUAUCGGAGAAGGUCUCAAUUAUGAACAUAGUCCUGAUGAUUUUGGUGAUUUCACAUUGCUACAAGUGUUCACUAAUACUCCAGAAGCCGAGAGCCUUACGCCGGAUCGAAAGAGUUUUAUCCAGCUUCGUGGCCGCUUUAUCUCAUGUCAAGCUGCCCCUUCACCCCUUUUUGAAGGCGACCGUACGGACACAAUUUUUACAGCAAUGGAUCGCAAAGAGCAAAGGAUAGGACUCGUCCACCCUGACAUACCCACUGAAUUGAAGCCCUACCAGGGAUUCUUUUGCCUAGAAAUACGAAAAGAGCACUAUGCAUCUAAAGACAUCAUGCCUUACGAACUGUUCGGUCGAAAUAUUGAGCUAGAAGACGAGGAAUCUUCAAGAGCGAUGGUAAUGGGAUUGGCACUGGUGAAGGAUGAUGAACGUAUUGGUGCGUGCAAGCGGAUAGGACUCUGCCGCUGGAUGAUAAGAUCGUGCUUUGCCAACGCGGAAAUUGUCGAUAUCAAGAUCUACUGA